CUGUGUCUCCAGGACAUCGAUGAACGAACCGCAUUCAACUUGUUCGCUAUGGCCCAGGCACGAGACGUGCUGAAUCACUACAACAUACCCAACCCGUUUCCCACAGAAUGGCCGAAGGAGCUGGAUAGCGAUGAUGAGGACGCGGAUGCCGCCGGCGUCAGGCGGUCUCGCUCUCGUUACUCAGCCUUGGAAAGGACCGCUAGCGAGAGGAAGAGUCUUCUCCCCGGAUCCCAGAGGACGGUCGAGGGAAGAGCAAACCUAGUGCAGAAAGAUGAACCAGAUCCGUUGGGUGCUCCCUCGAGCGUGGUGACCUCUUUGACAAACCUUGGUAAACCAGUGGAAAGUGAUAUCCGCUACAGAAACAAAUUCAUGCUCUCCUCAACCACAUUUUCUCCCGAACUAUUUCUGUCGACAACCCACUCCAACGACACCACAGAAGACCUUAUACAGGGAUCCAAAUAUCUGGCCAGGUCCAUUGACCAGCAGUCGGCGCCACUCAAAGCUUUGGUGGAGACCAACUUUGAACGAUUCGUCCGAGCCAAAGCGACGAUUGACAAUGUCUAUACGGAAAUGCGCAAUCAGGGCAUUGAUUCGCAUGCUAAUACUCCCCCGUCUCCUCGCCAUUCUCGUCGCGUGAGUGGCAUCCACUUUCGAAACGUCAGCGGUGGCAGCGCCACUGGAAUGACGUCCUCUCAACGGCCGAGCAAAAAUGCGCUACGCAAGGAGACGGACUAUGGCGUGCAAGGGAUGAAGAUCUCACUGUCGGAGGUCAGCCAAAAGGCCGAGGAUGUUUGGGGACCAGCUCUGGGUGGGAAGGAACGAGAAGCCAAAUUAAAAGUCAUUCUGAACGCGUUGGAAAAGGACAGGGCAAUCUUUGAGCUGGGUUCGAGCUUGAGUGAAGCUAUCAGCCAGAGAGAUUAUGACAGAAUUGUAGAGCUACACAACUCUGCUCGUCGAUAUACUGCCGAGGCCCGAGCCAUGGGCGAAGAGGUGAAACAAACCGGCCGGGGUCUUACCGAUGAUGAAGUCUAUCGAGUUGUCAUCGUUGGUAAAAUGUGGUCAAACGUGGAUGAACAAAUAAAGGUCCUGAAGCGGGACAUUUGGCGCAGGCUUUCCAGCACAUCGGCCACUCUUCCGCUUCCCGGCGUCUCCCAAGCGGAAGAGCACAUGGAGCUCAUCACGGUCUUGUUACAUCUGGGUGUGGAGGAGAGUCCGAUCUGGGUGUAUCUCCUGAGCAGAUACGACUUCUUGAAGAACAAGAUUGCUGCAGUCGUGGAGAGAUCCAAGAUUGAAAUCGAGAUCCUGCGCCGCAGACUGGCAGUUGGAGAACGUCCAUCCUCCGAGACCGUUGCGGCUUUUUUGCGGCAAGCGUCCAAGGAGCGACCCGAAGCUCUCGACACUGAGGAUGUCAUCGAUUUUUGGAACUGCAUCCUGACUUACUUCACGAAGCUGCUAUCGCUGUCGAGCGGGCUGCUAGGGGAGGUUGUCGACUUUUGGGAAACAGCACAGUCUUUCAUCGAUGGCAGCAAACAGAAAAGCUUGCCCACUGGCUACGAAGGGGAGAGCAGCAAGCAUCUCCAAAUGUCCGAAUCGGAGUCCAACGGCUUGCGGAGUGGCACUACUGAACUGGUCAGCCAGCUGAGGGAUGCCGUCUUUUCCCUUUUUGCCGAUCCGCCCGCCGAAGACAUCUCGUCGCUAUUCUCGCCAGUACCAGGAUCCGCUGGUACACCCACCACCCCUCACAUGGGAGCUGCCUUUUCGCCCACUGAUGGCCGAAUAGGCAGACUAGAUCCCAACGACCUACCUGCGGCAGCCGCAAAGAAAGGCGAGCCGUGGGAAGAUUAUGCAUUCUGGCCACCUCACUCCAACGCGCUGAGCGCUGUGCACUAUCUUCAGAAGAUCCUCACCCUUGUCGGAAUUGGCGCUAGCGAAAUGGUUGCUCUGGGUCCGGUGAGCAAUAACAACGCAAUGUAUGAAAAGAUCAAGACCAUGAUCGCAGGAGCUCGAGAGCGAUGUAUGAGAGCUGUCUGUGAAGCCUGGAGCAAAGAUGCUGAAAGCUGCAAGUCAAUGGAGGAUUGGGUGAGGUCCCCAGAGAAACGCGAUCAAACCCGCAUGCCCAUGUACCUUGAAGCCUUUGAGAGAAAAGUGUUGCAAGGUAUGCAACAAGUGCUGUAUCUCUCCGACACGACCACCAAGCCAGGAGGUCGCGACAUCAUCACACCGCCGCCGUCGAAGCUUUUGCAAAUGGUGCGGACUCAGUUCGUCAGCAGCAUUUACAAGGCAGUCAGUGGGAUGCUCGAAAACACAGAGGCUCUGAGCCAAGGUGACGAGGAUGACUGGGUCUUGGUGACGAGCCUUAACUCAAUUGCCGUCGGUGCUGCCCCAAGCGAAACGUUGAUGCAAGAUGCCGUCAACGCCUCUAGCCGCAAUGUGCGCUUGUUGUUGACUAUGUCGAACCUGAAAGCUCUGCGGAAUGAGUAUGUACCCGCACUUAUUCAACUGUUUGAGUCUUCGUUCUCUGUGAAACUGGCGGAAGAGUCCAAAACCAUCAAAGACGUCUUUGGUCAAAUCGACGCGAAAUUGUUCCACGCAUACACCCGACCCAUGGUUGCGAACUUAACACAAAUCAUCAAAGACGGCAUCAACUCUCCAAGCUGGGUGCCCACAAAUCCGAAACCCGACCAAGUCAGACCAUAUGUCUAUGCCGCGUUGAUGAGACUAGUGAUGGUCCACACGGAAGUUUCUACGACCGUCCCAAGCACCACAGGCGCGAACAGCCCUCUGCUUGGGGAAAUCCUGUCUUAUAUGCUCGAGAAUAUCUCGCAAGCCCUCCUUGACGGGUUCAAAGAUCGCAAACCGAACACAUACAGCCUUCCUGCAUUGAUGCAAGCAACUCUUGACACGGAGUUCAUCGCGCAGACAAUGACGCAUUAUUCGACACCCAAGGCAGGAGAGAUUCAAGGCCAGAUAUACACGGAGUUAGACAAGAGGACGACAAACGACGCGAGGACGAGAUUGCAGCAGGAACUCGGUGAUAUGCGGAUCGUGUUGAAGAAACUGAGGGACGGGAGUCGAAAUAGCUUCGGGUGUUUUAAGAAACAGAGGAGUAGUGACAAAGACAAGGGGAGACAGCAGGUCACAGCAGCGGCCUAGGAGGAAUUGUAAAGGCAGAACGGUUGGAGGAAGGAUGGAUUUGAUAACGGGACUGAUAACUCCAACCGUGUUGGUCCUUCUCUAGUGCGCCUGGAGCGCAAUCAGGUUUGAUACCCUCGUGCAGAGCGGCUAUAGUGAGGUACCAUUGGCUUUCCACGGUAACGUGAAUGGCAUCCCCGAUUUCCCCUGUGAUUCAAGCCGGGCGCAAGGCUGGAUAUGAAUGGAUCACGACCCCAAACUGAAGGCGG